AUGGCAGAAGGUGAUACCAAUACUUUGAUCUUCUUCUCCACCACUGUUGCUGCUCUAUCUUACUCUUAUUUCAUAUCUUCAAAGCUUCCCAAAGGUAUUUACAGGCUCAUCUCCCUCAUACCCAUCUUCUGCCUUCUAGCAAUUGUACCCCUCCUCUUCUCCUCCGCCUUCACCACCGCCGUUGCCACCCUCUUCAUUACCUGGCUCGCCAAUUUCAAGCUCCUCCUCUUUGCUUUCGAUCAAGGCCCACUUUAUCCCUCUAAAUCCUUCAUCCGCUUUAUCACCAUCGCUUCUCUACCAGUCAAAUUGAGAUCAGAUUCCUUCAAACUCAAAAAGAAAUCGCCGUUCAAUUUAUGGAUAGAGACCUUAAUUUCCCCCAUACUGAUCAGUUUUGUGUAUAAAAACAAAGAAAAACUGAAUCAACAUAUUAUAUUAGGCAUCUACUGUGCACUAGUUUUUCUACUGGUUGAUAUUCUGGUCUUUGUUUCUAACGCCGUGAUAUGGGCGGUGGUCGGAGUGGAGCUUGAGCCGCCAUCGGACGAGCCGUACUUGGCGACAUCACUGCAGGAUUUUUGGGGACGGAGAUGGAACCUCAUGGUAACAAACAUCCUGCGUCACACAGUAUACAAACCCGUGAAGUCUGUGUUUUCCGGCAAGGAAUGGGCUUCACUUCCGGCGUUGAUCGCCACCUUCGUGGUCUCCGGUCUGAUGCAUGAAUUACUGUUUUACUACGUGAUGCGUGUGAUUCCAACAUGGGAAAUGACGUCGUUUUUUGUGCUCCAUGGUAUAUGUGUCGUCGUGGAACUAUUGGUGAAGAGAGCGUUAGCAGGAAAAUUUGAAUUGCCGGAGAUUGUUUCACGGCUGUUAACGGUGGGGUUUGUGGUGGUGACGAGCUUUUGGUUGUUUUUUCCGCCGUUGAUCGACGGUGGUGCAGACGUGAAAGUGCUACAGGAGUUUAAACUUUUUGCCGAUUAUUUGAAAAGUAUAGUUGAUAAAGUGAUGCUGCGGUGGUGA